AUGCUGGGGGUUGACCGCCCUUCGGCUAGGGGCAUGCUCCCUCUGAUCAACUCUAAGUAUCCACUUGGUGUCGAUCCAAACAUCAAGGGGGUUUCAGAGUCCAAGGACUCUCUCUUCGAAUUCUACAAGAAGGUUCGGCGCCAGCAUCCGAGGAAAGUUCUGUUAGUGCGAGUAGGAGAGUUCUAUGAAGCCUUCGGCUACUGUGCCGUCCUGCUCGUGCAGCAUGCGGGACUGAACCCGAUGGGUAGCCGACUACCGCGGGCAGGAUGCCCUGUGGUCAACAUUCGUAGGACGCUGCAGGACCUGGUGGACGCGGGGCAUUCAGUAGUUGUGUGCGAGGAAAUGCCUGUGCUGCCGGGGGCCAAGGGGAAGAAGAAAUCAAGGUUCAUCGCUGGCAUCGUGACCCCAGCAUCUCCCAUCUACGUGCACGGCAUGUCGCUCGAGCGCGAUAACGACGCGGGGUCGAGGUGCUCGGAUCUGCCGCCCAUCAUUGGGCUGGCAGCAACGACAAGAGGAAUCAUCCUCUACACCAUCUCGCUAGACACUAGAUCAGUGAAGGUGAUGGAAGGGAUGACAGAGGAGUCAGUCAUGGCAAGGCUUGCAGCAGGAGGUUGCUCUCCUCCUCUCUACCUCCACAACAAGAUCAGGAAGGUUCGCGUCUGCUCAGGGGGCCGAGCGGUCAUGAACGUUGCUGUGAUCCCAGAACGUUGUCGAGAGCCUCCAGCAGCAAUCAGAUCACGCGCAUCGCAAUCGAUGACAUUGCUCAGACCGGGAACGUUCCUUCGUGCUAUCCUCGAUGCGAUCCGAGUUGACAUGUCGUUGGCGGCCGCGGAAAAUUUCACCAUUCUCAGUGAAAAGAGCACGGGAAGACCAAGGCCCCUGUACUUGACGACUGCAAGACAGAUUGGGAUCCUUCACAACGACGCUGUUCCCUCCCUCGUCGAUGCCAUCGUGACCAAAGACUCUGCUGCAGAGCAUCUGAUCCGAUCCUUCUUCCAACGAUGCUUGCUGCACCCCCUUCCGACCGACGUCGCCGAUGCCGUCUCGGACGCUCUCACUCACCUCAACCAGACUUCUUCUCUCCUUCACUCUCUCCCCCGCUUCCCCGUCAUGUCAACGUCUCGGAUCGCUCGCUACAUCUUGGCGUGCGAGGCGAACAACAUGAUCUUCGAGGACAUUUCCCGCGUGUUCAGCACCACUGCUUCCUCUCUCCGCUCGCCGCAGCUCGUCGACUUCAGCGUCUGCGUGCUGAAAGGAGAAAAAGUGAGGGGGGCAGUGGCUGAUGAUUUCCAAGGGAACGUGGAAGUGGAGCCUUUGCUGAAGGCAGCGGAUCAAGUGAUUGAAGAAAUCAAAGAAACCAUCAUCUUCUCAGAUCGACACGCUGGGAGCGAGCAGCGAAAGCUGGAGGACGAGGAGGGUCUCAUCGAGGACAGCCCGGGCUGGACCCGCCUGCUGGACUUCUUCUCCUGCAACGAGCAGUUUGCUGGGAAGGUCAAAUUCGAGCGAGCUGAGAAACCAUUCCAGCUGGUGGACGACGCCAAGGAUCGCGUCAUCCGCUGUUUCUCCGAGGAGCUCGUGCCGGUCUGGGGGGCCCUGGUGGAGAACUCGCGGGGGGAGUCGAAGAAGGCGAGGAAGGUGACCCUGGAUCAUGAUGUGGUAAACAACGACCUCUACAUCCGUGGCAUCUCCCUGGAGCGAGCUGAGAAGUUGCUUCCUCCGGGCCAAGCCUCUCUCCUCGUCGUCCCUCGAGACAGGAACGGCCGACUUCUCCACGACUGUGUGAGCUCACGAGGCUCGGCCGAGGCGAUCGCUGCAUACAAGGAAGCAUGCGAGCAUGCGACUGCGGCGGUGCGAGAGGUCCUGCGAACUCUGUCCUCGUUCGUGGGAGACCGGAUGCCGUUCCUGAUCAACUCAGUCGCCUUCUGCACCAUCGCCAAGGCUCUGGUCGCGCACUACGCGGAGGCCAGCAGGAAGAGCUGGUGCUUCCCCGAUCGGGUCAAGAGCCAAGAGGGGCAGGUGGGGGAGGACACGCUGAACAUAGGAGGGCUGAUCCCCUACUGGAUGGACCCACAGAAACCAGUGAUAGUAGCCAACGACAUCAAGCUCUCCGGCAUGAUCGUUCUCACUGGGCCCAACACUGCCGGCAAGUCGACCAUCAUGCGCUCCGUCUGCGCCGUCUCCCUCCUUGGCAACUGCGGGUUGAUGGUGCCCGCCACCAUUGCGCAGGUCCCCGUGCAGGACAGCUACUUCCUGCGAGCCGCCUCCUUCGACUCGCCGGCCGAGGGGCUGUCAGCCUUCGCCAUGGAGAUGCUGGACACAGCGACGAUACUGCGAGAUGCGACGAGCAAGACGCUGGUGCUGGUGGACGAGCUGGGGCGAGGCACGGAGACACGUGCGGGAGCAGCGAUAGCUGGAGCCGUGCUGGAGGAGCUGCUGGCUAGGAGAUGUCGCGGAAUCUUCACGACGCACCUGCACGAGAUGUUUGACCUGCCGCUCGAGAUCAUAGGUCAGGCGAGGUUUCAGCAGAUGGAAGUGAAGAUGAAGAAGAACGGCGCCUGGGACCCAACAUGGCGGCUGGUGGCUGGCCGAUGCGUCGACAGCCUGGCAGUGCAUGCAGCAGAGAAGUGCGGGAUACCCGGCAUGCUCAUUCGACGCGCCAAGACUCUGGUGAAGUGGCAGAAUCGCGUGUCAAAGAGGAGCGUGCAAGGGGAGCAGGCGGGGCUGGAGGAGGAGGAGGGAGCCGCUGCAGAGAAUCAGCGCAGCUUGGAGGAAGCGAUCGCGGUGCUGAGGAACUUGAUCCAGAAGCAGCAGGGGGGGGCGAAGGAUGUGGAGGUCACGAUCAUUGACGAGAGCUCUGAACCUCAUCCUAAUGCGCAAGGGAGCUCGCAUGUUUACCUGGCCCGGACCAGCCUUGGCUUCUUCUAUGUGGGAGAGACCGACGACAUCCGCACCCGCAUUCAGGUGCUCUUCCUCCUUGACCCCUCUCGUGCUGCCACUGGCAGGACAUGGCAGAACGUGUCCUCCUCCUCCUCCUCCUCCUCCUCCUCCUCCUCCUCCUCCUCCUCCUCCUCCUCCUCCUCCUCCUCCUCCUCCUCCUCCUUCCUCGCUCUCGCCCAAUCUUUGUUACGUCUCCCUCUGCCUCCUUUCCGUCAUUCUUGA